AUGUCUACCACUACUCGCUCCCAUCUUCUUCGAUCAGCUAAUAAUCACUAUCUGUGUGGUCGCGUGCCCCUUGUGCACGCGAUUAUCAUGCUUGCUGAAAUAGUUGGUCUGGCACAGCUGGCCUUUCAGUUUGAUCUGCAUUUUGCUGCAAAACCAAUUUUAACCAUGAUGGUUACGAACGCGAUACUCGGCGGAGUAGCAGAUACUGUUGCUCAAAUCGUGUCUUCUGUACAAGCAAAGUCUCUUCGGAAGCCGCUGGAUUCUUCCAAAAAGGAUGGCAUCUCGAUAGAGAUUCAUGAUUUAAACGAAAAAGGCCCUCUUCCAAGUCAUCGAGGGGACCUCGUCGGUACCCAACUAGGCUUUGAUUUUGAGAGAUGGAUAAGAUUCAUGGCAUGGGGUUUAAUCAUGGCACCAGUGUCAUUCUCGUGGUUUGAAUUUCUCUCUGAGAUCUUCCCCAUAACGCCGGAGAACAGAAAUGGCCCUGCUUUGCUGCGUGUUCUUCUCGACCAAGUGGUUUUUUCCCCUAUCUCCUUGGCAAUCUUCUUCAUUUACAUGACACUGGCAGAAGGAGGCGGGAAAAAGGCAAUAGCCCGAAAGUUCAGUGUUGCCUAUGCUCCUGUUUUAAAAGUAAAUUAUAUUAUCUGGCCAGCUGUGCAAAUACUUAACUUCCGUCUUGUACCUCUCGCGUUACAAUUGCCAUUCGCAUCCACCGUCGUUGAACCCUGUUUGAAAGGCGUUUAUUUUGGAAUAAAAGAAGACCUAGUUCAUCUGGUUACAUCAUACUUUGGCUUUUGGCAGAUGACAAAUAUUAAUAGUGCUCUUCAUUAUAUUCCAUACUUAGGAUUAGGACUCAAAGAAGUUAGAACUCUGAGGUUAUGA